AUGUCAACAGCAGCCAGACAUCUCAAAGCUCUUGAGAAGGUGCUGUUGGGGAUUAGAGGAAAAUGUGAUGAGAAGCUCGAUCAACUUCAAGAAGAAUUUGUCGAACAUCAAGAAUGGUUGAGAAAGACCAUUGCAGACACAAAAGAAAGCAAGGACGGCCUUGGGCUUGUGUGCCCCCCAACCAACCGCAAAGCCAAGCGAACGACGUCGAAGAUUCAAAACGAAGACAACAAAGAGAACGUGGACAAUGGCAAGAUUGAACGUCCAUUCAAGGUCUCGAAGCACAAAGCUGAGGAGAGCCAGUCAAGCAACGAGAAUGAGCAAGAGGAGGCAUCGAAGAAGGACGCGAAAAAGUCGAGAGGAAAAUCCAUCUCAGGAAAGAGCAAACAGCAGGAGUCAGCGAAUGACGGGCAGGACCUCUCAUCGCUUGAUAAGAAGGACCUGUCGAAGCUCAAAGUUGUGCAACUGAGGGCAGAGCUCCAAGCUCGCGGCCUCCCGACUACUGGGCUCAAGGACGAGCUUGUUGCUAAGCUUGCAAGUGCCUUGGAGGCUGAGCAGGCGGACAAGUUCGAGACAGUGCUGGUGGGCCAGGACAUCAUUCCUAGGGUGGGGAUGCGAGUAAGGCACGUGUCAGGGAAAAGCCACAAGUCCUCGCGAGGACUCGCAGGCACUAUCGAGAUCAUCCCUGGGAGAGGAGCGCUGAAGCCCGACGAGAGGAGCGUGAGCGUGAGAUGGGAUGCUGACUUGACGGAUGUCCGAGGACCGUACUACACCGGAGAGCCUUGUGACAGAGGGUCAGGCAUUGGGACCCCCAAGUUUGACCUGAUCUGCAUCGAAGCCGUCAACCUUGCUAUGGAGCAGGAAGAGCAGGAGCAGGUCGAGAACGUUCAUAUGGAGGAAGUCGUUGAAAGUAAGGUCAAGGAUGACGGCAACAAGGAAGCAAUACAGAAGGAAGACGCUGAGGAGAAGGACGAGGAAGGGGAGGAAGACGAGGAACUCGUUAUUGACCCGGAAGACGACAAGGACAACGACUGCAUGGACUUGCAGGUUUCUUCUGUGCCCAACGAGCAGACAAACAACCCGAUUGUGCUGGACGAUCUGCAGAUCGACGAAAUGGACGAGGAGCUAUCAGCUCCUGUAGUCGAGCAGAAGAACAGCGAGAAGGAGGAGGAGGUGGCUAAGGAGCCGGAAGCCAAGGAGAAGGAGAAGCGGAGUUCGGAAACCAGGCUGUCAGGAACGAAGCGAACUAGUGACGGCAAGGCGAAGGCCGAGGAACCGAAGGAGGAGGAGGAGAGCAAGCAAUCAAGCUCUGCCCAGGCUCUUCAGCAGAGGCUCGAGGCCUGCAAGCAGGCAUGGGCAGCUCACCAGGUGUCUUCCAGCUCCAACGGUUACUCAGAGAGCACUCCCAGCAAGAAGCAAGCCGUGGAGGGCAAGAAGCCCGUGGUUCUCGAGGUAACCAAGUACUCGACCCCCUCGAAGCAGCAGAAGCCUGACCCCCACACUGGACUCUGCGCGAUGGAGACUGGGGGCUCCCUCUGCACGUCUGCUAAGAAGGCUGCACGCCCACCAGACAUCGGGCAGGUCAACGAGAGUGUACAGCAGUUCCGUGCUAUCAUCUCUCGGAUCAACGCCGAGAAGGGAAUCACUUCUUAUGAGACUCCGUCGCACUCAUCCAACCUGCCCCCUCGUGCCAGCUUGAACAACAACAAGCCUGUGGAGGACAGCGCAGAGAAGGCCAACCGGGUCAUCACGUGGCCACAGCAGCAGCGGCCGGUCGUCCUCAAGCACGUCGAGCUCAAGUCUUCCUCCCCUGCUGUGAAGGCUCAGCGACUGACGGAGGAGCGACUGAGCGCGCACAUCAAGUCCGCGGGCAAGCAAGACAUGAUGCACGCGUUCCAGAGUAGCAACGAAGACCCGCGGGCAGCGAGCGCGAGACUGGAUGCUGCUCAGAGGCAGCAGAGAGCAGCAGAGAACAGAGCGAGGAUCGAGGAAGAAGCCAAGAAGAAGGCGCAGGAGCAGGAGAGGAGGCGAAAGGAGCUGGAGAACAAGAGGAUCGAGGCUGAGAGGAUCGCAGCUGAGCGGCGCCAGAAGGAAGCGCAGCAGCAGCAGGAGCGUCUCGAGGCAGCGAAGAGAAGGGCGCAGGAAGACGAAGAGCGAAAGUUGCGGGCUAUCAGAGAGCAGCAGGAGCUGGAGGAGAGAAAGAGGCAGGAACGCGAGCGAGCCGAGCAGGCUGAGAGGGAGAGGCAGGAGAGGGAGAGGCAGGAGAAGGAGAGGCAGGAGAAGGAGAGGCAGGAAAGGGAGAGGCAGGAGAAAGAGCGAGCUGCUGCUGCCGCCGCCGCUGCCGCUGCCAAGGCCAAGCCUGCCGUCCCCUCGUUCUCUCAGAGCAACCAGCCUUCCAGUGCAUCCAAGGGAGGAAUCCUCGGGGCCCUUGGCAAGGUGGUCGGCAACGUGUUUGGCACUGGGAUGCAGCAGGAGGCCCCCAAGCCAGCAGAGAAGUAA